AAGGGGAAGAGAAGCCUACUUACCGAUAAGAGAGAGAGGAGAAGCGUCGUGUGUACAUUGAGAUGCGCACCGUAUCAGCGAGCGCAAUCGUCCGGUUUUGGAAAUCCAUUCCCGGCCGAGACGCGCGUCGGCAAUGUCCCGGGCGGCUCUCGCGUCGGCCGGCCGCCGCUAUCUCCUUUCACCUCCCAAACCUCUCCUCCUCUCCCACUCCCCGGAGCCCGAAUUAGGACUAGGGCUUUCAGGAAGCAGCCCGAAGCCGAGCGCUCCCCCGCUCCGGCCCUCCGCCGAUGCCGACGCCCUCGCCCGCCUCCUCAUCCACCACCACAACCCCUUCCACCCUCUGGAGUCCCCCCUCCAGCUCGCCGGCAUCCGCCUCUCUGGAGACCUCGUCCUCCAGACCCUCCUCCGCCUCCGCCACGCCUCCAAGGUCGCCCUCAGCUUCUUCGUCUGGGCCCGCGACCACGCCCACCACGCCCAUGGUCCCGACGCCUACGACCUCAUGAUCGAUAUCCUGGGGAAGGUUCGCCAGUUCGACGUCGCGUGGCAGCUCAUCAUCGAGAUGGACCAGCGCGGCGGCGCGGGGUCCAGCCCCCGGACCUUCGCCAUCCUCGUCCGCCGCUACAUCGCUGCUGGCAUGACGCGCCAGGCCGUCCGGGCCUUCGACGACAUGGAGGCCUUCAUCGGCCGGGAGCCCGACGGCAACGACUUCAAGAUGCUCCUCGACACCCUCUGCAAGUACGGCUAUCCCAAGGUUGCAACAGAGAUAUUUAAUAAAAGAAAAUUCAAAUAUGAACCAGACGAGAAGACAUACACAAUUUUGAUUUACGGAUGGUGUAAGGUAAACCGACAUGAAAUGGCACAGAAGUUCUUAAAGGAGAUGGUGCAUCGUGGGUUAGAACCCAAUGUGGUUACAUAUAAUGUUCUGUUGAAUGGGAUCUGUAGGAGGGCAAGCUUGCAUCCAGACAAUCGGUUUGAUAGAACAGUCCAUGCAGCUGAUGACCUUUUAGAUGAGAUGCAAAGCAAAGGCAUUGAACCUGAUGUCACGAGCUACUCGAUCAUCCUUCAUGUUUACAGUCGAGCCCAUAAACCAGAAUUAUCACUUUGUAUGUUGCGGUCGAUGAAAGAGAAAGGCAUUUGUCCCACAGCGGCAACAUACACUUCGGUAAUCAAGUGUCUGGCUUCCUGUGGGAGACUGGAGGAUGCCGAAGAUUUGCUUAAUGAAAUGGCAAGCGAUGGCAUUUGCCCAUGCCCAGCUACAUAUAAUUGCUUCUUCAAGGAGUAUCGUGGGAGGAAAGAUGUGGAUGGUGCGAUAAAGUUGUACAAGAAGAUGAAGGAAAUGGGUUCCCUGAGCACACCUGAUAUUCACACGUUCAACAUCUUAAUUGGAAUGUUUUCAAAGCUAAACCGGAUGGAGAUAGUCAGGGAAUUAUGGAAUGAUAUGGUUGAGGGCAGUGUCGGGCCGGAUUUGGAUUCGUAUACUUUGUUGAUUCAUGGGUUAUGUGAGAAGCAAAAGUGGAGGGAGGCAUGCCAGUUCUUCAUGGAGAUGAUAGAGAAAGGGUUCCUUCCACAGAAGGCGACAUUCGAGACAUUGUACCGGGGAUUGAUACAAUCAGAUAUGCUGAGAACUUGGAGAAGACUGAAGAACAAGGUGGAGGAGGAGUCACUGAAAUUUGGUUCUGAAUUCCAACUUUAUCAUUUUAAACCUUAUAAGAGGUGAUACUCUUUUUUGAGUUCAAUCAAGUGCUUAGGAGCUGGUGGGGGUUGCCUUUGAAGAAUACCAAGCCUGCCCGUAGCCUGUGCAGAAUCUACUUGAAGAAUCAACUGAUGAUUAAGUGUUGUCGAACAUGUAGAGAAUUUUUCCUGGAAUGCAGGUCAUAUGUGCAUAUUAUCCAAGAGUAGCCUUAGUCUCAAUGCAGGUGAAACCUAGCAAAGAAAUGGAGAAAUUUUACAAUAAUAGUUGUGGUCAUGAUAUCUGAUGCCACAAAACUAACUACUCCAGAAUUAUUUGCUGGAGCAGAGGACAGGUGAGGCUUGCAUUGGUACGAGUUGGUACAGCAAAGGAUACCUAUCUGCGAUCCUGCUUAAUUAAGUGUCGCAACAAUAAACUUAACUUUGUUGUUGUAUUCUUGUCACUCUUGGUGUCAUCCACACAAUUUUGACAACUUCCUUAUGGAGAUCUCUGAUUAGUUGCA